AAAUGUAUUAAGGAUGGAAAAGUUAUUCGCAGAAAUGUGUGUCAAUGAAUAUGGUUUGGGGAGGGAGCUUUUUGUUCGCUAAAUACACUCGUAUAGCAGCCACGUGAUAUGCAAGGAGGGUGUGGAAAAGAGCUUACAAGGGGGAAGCUCAGUGUGCAGACUGUCGCGAGUGGCAUCGCUUGAGUGUCUCCGCUGACUAUGGCUGGACGUCGACGAUCGCCCAGGGUGCAGCAGGGAGGAAGUGCGUGGACAGGAAGCAUUCAGCAGGAACUCAUAGAAAAACUAUGGGUGGCAAUCUUGACUUUCGAUUCCUCCUCUUCCUCAUCUGCUGAGGCUGCUUCCCAGCCGGAAGCUAAGCGUGAGGAGACGGAAAGUGAUGAUAGUAGUGAAAGUGACGAGGAUGACGAGGAUAUUGAUCUUAGUGACGGCGAUGGUGGGUAUGCUCUGGUCAACCGUUGCGACCUCUUUUCCGUGGCUGCACGUCAGAUGCAAGAAAAUAAGGAGAAGGCGGCGUUAGAUUCCAAGAAUGAUAACGUAGACCAGAAUCUCAACAAAAACACAGAAGCGGAAGCCACAAUGUCGACUUCACUACAAGUGGACGAGAAAAUCGAUCGCCCUCUUUCCCGUCCUAUUUCGCUCAGUCUUAGAAAUGUUUCUUCCAAACCGAGUAAAAUUCCUCAAUUGUCCCCGUUAUCACCUACCAUUUCAUUAACAUCAGGUGGAGGAGCGACGGCGUCUGAGUCAAGCGACGUUUUUAGUCCAAAAGGUCAAUCGCUAACAGCAAUGGCUUCGAGCAAAAAAUUCACAUCUAAAAUCCCACUUAGUCCCUCCUUAAGAAGAAAAAUGUUACAACCGCGGGAGAGGCUGGCUUCUGACCCGACGCCAAAGAGACUGACCGUUAAAGCUCAAACCAAUGACAUCGCUGCGACUUCCCGACGGUCACUAACUCCAGAUCCGAAACCUUUCAAGCAACGACCGCGUACCAUAAAUACGCAUAAGGCAGUAGACAUGGCAGGAGCUACAGGAGGGAGAGAAAAUGGCUGUAAGAUUUCUCGAACAGGCACUGACUGGAGGAAGAACAAAAGCAGCAAAACAGACGGUCAUAAAAUAGGUUCUUUGAAUAUUUCACGAAACAGUUUUAAGGGAAAAAUAGAAUCCGAUAAGAACAGCAAAAUUAAACACACACGCGAAGGAGGAAGUACCUCGAAUGCACAGAAGCCUGUUCAAGAAGCAAAGUCUAGGGUACCAGAUAUUCCCAAGAGGACUGCCAUGGACAAUUCCUUAAAAUUUGCUCAAGAAAAUAAAACAGAAGAAAGACUCAAACGUAGUUUAGGAAAUGGCAAUGCCCCGGGUACUUUUCAGGUGCAUGGUACAGCGAAGAUUACAAGUGCAAAUAAGGAAGAACAUUUAAAAGACAGAGAUGUAUCUCGUAUGAAGAACGCGAAAGAAAGCUCAAGUCCUCUAAGCAAAAGAAAUAUCAAAGAGAAAAAUAAGAGUGUCCAACCUGGAGAUGAUACGAAAGGAAAAUAUGUAAACAAAACUUCAACGCAACUUAGAUGCAGAGAGCAGCGUCUUUCACCUAAACCAAGUGAGAGACGAAUGCCAGCGAAACUUUGCAGGGACGAAAAUGACACUCCUGUUAGAAGACACCCGGAAAUGAAUGCUGAGCAUCCGAGGCAAACUUUUAAUAGAAAUGAAAAACAACAACGAACUUAUGUUAAGAAUACCCCCGGAUCACAGACCAGACAACGAAACCGACAACUACGCACUUCAAGCGAACAAAAAACCGAUUCGAGGAGAACGACGGACUCACGGGAGAAGGAGACUGGGUCUUCGUGUGCCGCCAGUGCUGGAAAUUCCGAGGGAGAAUGUAUGAAGCCGUCCUGUUUGGAGAGCUGCCUGAAGGAGGCGAUCCUGGGAGUUCUACAAGGACUACCUGAAGGCUGGAUUCUGGUCCCCGACCACACGGCAGAACUGUUCUCGUCCCUAACCUCGGUCGUGGACUCCUUCCCACGCCCACUCCACGCCCAUAUCCGAGUCGUAGAGGCCAUAAUGGAUGCCCACGCCCGCCGCCCAUGCAGCAAGGGAGAAAUCCCAGCGCUUAACAACGCGCAUCUCCUGUUAUACAUUGCCCUGAAGCUGUGCUGCGUGCGCGGACAGCUGCAGAAACAAGAACACGAAGAAAAUGGGCAAGUUCCACCAGAUCGCCCUGUGGUAGAAAACGAAACCCAGUCUCAAAUAGUAGAUGGGAAACUUACAAGAAUUGGUGAUUCAACAGUGGCGGAUGUAGAAUGGAUUCAAGAACAUAAAUCUUUGGUGGUCAAGAUUUUAACAGAAAUUUUAGAGUGUGAAGGAUCCUUCGACAGGCUUAUGAUGUGUCUCCUGCUGGGCUCACGUGCACCGGGAAGAGGCUCCGGCUGGUACUGUGAAGGCGAGUCGGAGAAUGAAAAGGUACUCGACCUCCGUUUCGUCUUGGAUCACGCAAGGUUUCUGCCAGGGUGCAGAGUGAGCGAGGUCGUGAGUGCGCCCUUGUGGUCGUGCGGGUCAACGCCGGUGGUGGUGGCGGCCCUGGCAGAGAGUCCCAGACUGGUGCUAACGCUGCUGCAGUAUGGGGCAGGGGGAAGCACGCUCAACUACUACCUCUAUUCUAAGUGUUAUACAGACGGAGUAUACCUCUCCAUAGCUUAUCUAGUCCGGAAGUUAGAGGGCCAGUUCAGGGAAGUUUAUGCAGCGCCUGAGCUCCUGCAACCAGCUGCCGAGGAGGACCUUGAGGAUCAGCAACAAGAAGCAUCCGAGGGCAGCUGCAUUCCAAAGGACGACCUGCUGACCCUUGCUGGGAACUCUCCGACUGCAACUUGCCUGAGGUACCUCCUCCGGGCUGUCCCUCAAGUCCCGCCCAAGUUCCUUCGCGACCACGUCAGCGGGAGCCUCUGCGACGCCCCUUCUCUGCUUCCCCGCUCCUGCUGCCUGGACCCGCCCACCCUCGCCCAUCUCGCCCGCGUCGCCUGCAGGAGAGACCUCAGAUCACGUGACCUCCUCCCUCACGCCGUCCAUCUCUUAGACAUUCCUCCGACCUUGAGAGAUGCCAUUAAUCUGCUCAGAGGGUGAGGGCGUCGGGACCCACGGGAAGGAAAUAUUGCUCAUAAUAUAUUACCGGUAUAUUGCUUAUGAAAUAUUAUGGGGUGCGAGAUUACGCUGAUGGGAUUAACUUGUUUGGAGUCAGCCGAAAAGGGCAAAGUAAAAAAGAGAGAAAAAAGAGUUUCAGACUUCGAAAAUUCAUCGGUCGUCUUCCACGGAUAUUAUGUCGGUUCCUUAUGUCCUUCAUAUUCUAAUCUAGCAAAGGUAGAUCAAUAUAUAAAAGCUAAAAUAAAUCAUAUAAGAUGAUACAUGACUGCACAGCCAAGUACAAGUUAAUAUGUUAUAUUACUUUUUACAUAUUCGGCACGUAUCGUGACAAUUCGGCACGUAUCGUGACAAGGAAAAUCAAAACAAGAAAGCCUGUGUGAUAAUAUCACAGGUGAAAACACACUCAGCUAUAUGCAAACUGUAGGCAGACUGUAUACAUAUGUAUAAUACACACUGGUCUGACUAUUCAGUUAUAUUUAUUCAUAUAAGGGAGUUCUAUGUAUCUAUAUUUCGAUUUAUUUAUCUAUAUGUGCGUAUGAUACAUACAAUCACGAAUAUAGUAACACUUGCUCAUGUUUCUGUCACUGACAACGAAAUUCAUGGAUGCUAGGUCAAUCUCAUUCUCUGAGUUAGACGAACCAAGUGGAGCUUUUUGUUGGAAAUAUCGCAUGUUUACUUUUAUAGCCAUUGAAUGAA